AUGCACUGCUCUUGUUCAAUUAAUAUCCACGUCCAUGAGGCCUCACAUGUGGUAGGGAACAGGAUGUUCAACUCCCUCAACCUGCUUACAGAAGCUGAUGACGAGGCCUUCAGGACUCUAGCUUGGACUGGUGCUCUUGAAUACCUUUAUCAGGACAUGAGGAGUGAGAUCGAGACUACCUUCAGCAUGUUUGCAGAUCCUCUAUCUUACUACACAAGAAUUAAGGGCAUGGGGUCUCUUGCAUCCACCAGGAAGAUCUCCCAGAGGAAAGAGCUGUUGCCUGGAAAAAUCCCUCAGGGCCAUGGCACAAGGCUGUCUCACCCAUCAAAGACCAGCAUAAAAGACAGCCCAGAGCCUCUCUCCCUCACACACUUCUACUCAAGCCUUCUCCUCCUGCUCCUGCCCAAAACAGGGACUCUCGACACCACACCCAUGGCCUGCCAGGACAUCUGCCGUCCCUGCGGACCCACCCCGCUGGCCAACAGCUGCAACGAGCCCUGUGCCCUGCAAUGCCAGGACUCCCGCGUCAUCAUCAACCCUUCCCCUGUGCUGGUCACCCUGCCAGGACCCAUCAUGACUUCCUUCCCCCAGAACACCGCUGUUGGAUCCACCUCCUCGGCUGCCGUGGGCACUGAACUCAGUGUGCAAGGACAGCCCAUUUCUGGGGGAUUUGGUGGCUUUGGUGGAUUUGGUGGCUUUGGCUAUGGCCUUGGCUAUGGCCGUGGAUUUGGCUAUGGGCUGGGUUGUGGCUAUGGGCUGGGAGGCCUGGGCUGCUAUGGCAGAAGGGGGGGCUACAACUGCUAA